AUGGGCCGUCGUAGCUCUAAUAAACAACGAAAAUCCCAAGCUGAAGAAUCCUCACCAACAUCAUCUGCACCAGUAGCAGAAAAUCAUCCCAAGCGAAUAUUUCUAUAUCUACAGCCAAAAUCAAUAUUCUAUCCCCUGGAUGAGGAACCGGGAGACCAAACAAAUAAUGUCACAUCUGUAGAAAUCGAAUUGCAACAUCAAUACAAUACCAUAACCAAACUAGCCGAUCAUUAUACCACGGAUAAUAUAAUUCAUUUAGAAGAAUUCUCUUCGGGAGAAAGACCCACAUUUAGUAUAACCCUCAAUCAGGAUGACAUCGAUGAUGUAAAUAAUUGUUUCCUAACUCUAAACCUUUAUGUGAAUUUAUCCCGACCAUUUUGGCCAGAUGUGAGCGGUGUGGAGGACGAAGAAGAAGAUUCUAUUGGUGAUAGUGUUCGAAAAACGGAUAAUCUAGCUUUUGAGAAAUUAUCUAUGGAAGGUGAAGCUGAAGUAAGUGAUGACUUGAUUAUUAUAGAACGUCGGGCCGUGGCCCAGGGAUAUAUUGACCUCUUGGAUUUCUUUUGUAAAACGCGGGUACGUUCUAUGACUACUGUAUUUCUAUAUCCUUUAACCACAUCCAAUCAUCGUUUAACCUGUAAAAUUGAAUGGGAAAUCUAUUCCCUACAUCCUCUCGUAAAAGAUAUGAACUUCGCUAAUGUUCUCUUCCUAACCUUUGCUUCGAUUUACAAUAUUGAAGAGGAUCUCCUUGACAAUUCAUGUGAAGAUUUAAUUGCCAAGCUUUCCAUGGUUGCAAAUAUGCCCAAUGAAAAUGGGGACUUGGAAAAAAUACCCCUUUGCAGUUUUCGCGCCUUUUCCAAACAGCUGAUUAGCGAUCAAGUGCUUGAUAUAAAAUGGGAGAAUCUGAAAAAUUCUCAAUUUCAAAAUGAACAAACUAUGACCAUAAUGAGCGGAAUGAAAGUGAAUCCGCAAACAUUAUUUUAUGAUCUUUUGAAAAAUGAAAAUUCCGAUAUUAAUUUGGAGGAUAUUGAUGGAGGCAACGAUUCGGCAUGGAUUUGUAAUUCUAUGUUUCGUUAUGUACUCUCGGAUGAUAUGGAAAGGCAAUUGGAGGAUAUUUUAGCUUUUAAUAGCUAUAAUCUGCUGGUGGAGUUUCUGAGGGAAGGAGAGCCGGAUGUGAUAGUGUUGCAGGGUACCAUGCCAUUAUCGGUUUUCAUGUAUCCUCAGGUCCACAGUUGCACCUUUGCCAUUGAAAUGAGACCACCUGGCUAUAGAAAACCCAUCCUUCCAAUACCCAAAGAUCCAAUCCCCAAGAAAUCCACUAAAAAAGGAAAACGUAGAGAUUCCCAAUCAACAACGGAGACCUCCAGGCGAUCAACACUUCAAUCCCAAUCCAAUACUAAAGAAAAAGUUCCCUUUGCCAUAAUGAAAAUAUAUCUUCAGAAACCCAUUACACAACCAAUAGAAAAUAUGACACAUAUUCCCAAGUCAGAAAUAAAAUGUUCCGAAUUUAUACGAUGUCCAAAGAAAAUCGGUAUUCACGAAAUUACCAAGGAAACUAUAAAAACCAUUCGUGAAGAAGCCUAUCGUAAUUUUGAUGAUACAAUUCUGGAAAUGGCUGACUACGUUCUAAGGCAUAACAUCCGAACCAUGCAGGAUGAUAGGCAGUUCUAUAAUUCGCAACUGAGUAAUCUUAGUAAUAAGAUUCUACGUCUAGUGGCAUGUGAUUUUAAUAGGCGUGUACCGACCCACAAUAAUAUUGAAUUUUCGAACCUUAUGACUAUGGUCUAUCAGGAACUUUCACAACGCAUAUAUGGCAUCAUUAUGGAAUGUAGUCCGAAGGGUUCGGACAAGUGUCUUUAUACCGCGGAGGAAAUUCAAAAUGAUUUGACUUUCCAACUCAAUAUUUGUAAAUAUUUAUAUGAGGUUGGAAAUUCCGAAUUUUCAGAAUAUUUAAAGGAAAAACUGCUGGAAAAAUAUGAGGGCAAUCCAAUGUUGAAUUUCUAUCUUUUUCUGUGGAAUAUUGAGAAUCAAAAUUUCAUAGCGGCUCAGGAAUAUUUAAAAAGGCCAUUGAAAGAGAAAUAUAUUGGAGGGGAAUAUUUUAGCCCCAUUAUCGAAUUAUAUAUAACCUAUAAACAAACUCCCGAUGAUUUUGAAACACCUACCACCGCCCUCGAGAAUCUCAUCUACAACCUAUCCCAAUACUGUGAAAAUAAUCCCCAAAAUAUUUCCUCCUGGAUUCUACUCUAUUGCCUCUAUAAGCAAACAAAAUAUUUACCUGGCAUCGAAUAUUGCCGUUGGAAAUAUGAAAAUCUUUGUCAUCUGGAAUUCCCAAAUAUUCCACCAAUACCAACGUCACGUUGGGACAUGUAUUUACCAUAUGAAAUUGAUUUUAAAUCGGCCAAAGCUCAACAUUUCUAUAAAGUUGUAAAAUUAUUUACCCAACUGGGUCUAUAUCAAUUUGCCGAAUGGGUAUUCAAUGAAAUAGCCGCGGAAGCAUUGGAAUUUGAGCAAUAUAUGAUGGCCGGCAAUUUUAAUAUAUUCUUAAAUCGAUUUGAAAAGAAAUUCAAUGUGAGAAAUUUCCCCGUCGAAAAGUAUUUGAAUCCGGAGUAUUUGCGCGGAACGCUGUCUCAAGUAAAUGGAAAUAUCGAAUAUUAUCGCAAUGGUUCCACAGACAUGGCUAUGAAAUAUUAUGCGCAAAUUUCCGAAAUAAAGGUUCUGAAUUACGCAGCAUAUAAUUUAGGUAUUAUACGCUAUGCGUAUUAUCUGAUGAGAGAAAAGGAUUUCGAAAAAGCCAAAGACGUAUUUUCGCUAUGCUGCCAGAAUACCGAAGAAAUCGGGAAUUGUAUAAUAGCCCACAUUGGAAAGGCAAAGGCAUGCUAUCAAUUGGGAGACCUCAACGAAGCUGAAAUGGCCUUUGCGAAUAGUACCCGCUAUGGAUUAUAUUUACCAAAUGUAUGGGCCUAUAUGGCCCUGAUUAAUUUAAAACAAAAUGCCAAUUACCAAGCAUUGGAAUGUUGGAAAUAUGCUCACCUAGAUUCGCAAACAAAAAUUCACUCUGAAAUAAUCAAUGAAUUGGAGAAAAUAGAUUACAAAGAUGUUAACCUCUAUAUCGAUAUACCCGAAUUGAAAUCUUAA